CCCUAAUUUCAUUCCCUCCAUGAAAUAUUGAAAUUGCAUCGCUCUGGACAAAGACAAGAGCUUUGAAGCUCUGAUUGCACCUGCAACCCAUUUCCGAACCUGGAAUCACAAAUUCAAGAGCUUGCUCAGCUCAAAGAUCUUCGUUAAUUCCAGAUUGGAGUGUAGAAAGAAGGUUCCACCAGCAGUGAGUUAAUGUAGUCAUGGACCAUCACACAGAGAGAAUGAAGAGUGGAUGUCAGAAGAUUCUGGAAGGAAUUAAUUCCAUGUCCUUGGUAAAUUUAGAUGAUCAGCAAGUUCAUUCCUUAGUGAUGAUGAGAGAAAUAGCGCGCGGCAUUGUUGAUGAUCGCGAUAAAAAGGUGACUAAGAAUGAUGUGGUCACUGCCUUGCGCCACAGUAUCGAGAAAAUGGUGUGUGCAUCCAGAGAUAUCAUUCAAAUAUUAAGUAGAAUGUCCUAUGAAGGCUUGGAUGAACAGAGGAUGCAUCUAGUGUUGAGGAUGAGAGACAUUGCUAACGGGGUUAUUGAUAAACAACACAGAGUUGCAAUAACUAAGCCUGACUCACUCUCAGAGCAAGUUGGCUUAAUGGAUGAAGGGAUGAGAGAUAGUCCCGUGGGUGAGUCAUCGAAGAUCAGCAAUGGGGAUGUCCUGAUUGAUGAGGCACAAAGCAUGAUGCAUGAAGAUGAUAUGUUGUAUGUGGAACAUGUUUUAAGAUUUGAAAAUGGGGUAGACGAUGCACACGAGUCUCUGUUACCAUCAGGCUUUCGUCAAUGUCUUUUAUGGCCUCCUGAUGAUUGUGUCACCUUAGAGUGGGUUCAGGAAAUGAUGUUCAUCCUUGAGCAGGCUUCAUGGAGGAUGUUGCCGUCUGAAUUCUGUCAGGUUGGGCCAACCGUUUUGGUGGAUAAAUUGACAGAUGCUGCUCAUAGCAUUUUAAGUAAAGAACCAAACUGUGUAGAGAUUAAUUGUCAAGGAGAAGAUUCAAGAGUCAUUGUUGUAGGCGAUAUACAUGGGCAGUUUCAUGACUUGGUGUUUCUUUUGAAGCAUGCAGGAGUUCCUUCUGAGAACCAGUGUUAUGUUUUCAAUGGGAAUUAUGUAGAUAAAGGAGCUUGGGGCAUUGAAGUAUUUUUGGUCUUGCUGGCUUGGAAGGUCUUGAUGCCUCACAGAGUAUUUUUACUCCGUGGAAGUCAUGAAUCAAGAUAUUGCACCACAAGAUAUGGUUUUAGGGAAGAGGUGUGGACCAAGUAUGGCGAUCAAGGUGAAGAUAUCUACAAUAAAUUCCUAGAGUGUUUUAAGGAGCUUCCGUUAGCUUCCGUUGUUGGUAAAUGUGUUUAUACUACUCAUGGAGGGCUUUUCCGUAGCAUUCAUUCUGCCUCUUCAGGAAAGCCAAAACUGAAGAUGUCACAAAAUGUGGAUCUUGGUUCUUUAGCUGAGUUAUCUGAGGUUAAUAGAGCUUGCGUAGAUUUCCCUUAUGAAGGUCAUGACUUAUUAUUGAGUGACGUUCUUUGGUCAAAACCCUCUCACAGGGAUGGUCUGAGGGAUAAUGCUGGUCAAAAUUUAGGUUUAUGGUGGGGUCCUGAUUGUACCGAGGCUUUCUUAAAGCAGCACAAUUUAAAGCUGAUCAUCAAAUCACAUGAAGGACCUGAUGCAAGGGCUGAUAGGGAUGAUUUUGGGGAUAUGUUGAGUGGAUACAGCAUAGAUCAUGAUGGAGAAUCAGGAAAGCUAUAUACACUUUUUAGUGCUCCUGACUACCCACAGUUUGGGACAAGGAGAUUUAACAAUGAAGGAGCAUAUGCAAUAUUGAAGUCGCCUGAUUUGGCGAGCCCUACCUUUCAUUCAUUCAAAUCAGUAGAAAGACCAACGGUGGAUCCUUAUGUUGAUUUUGAUGCUAACGACAUGGACUUGAGUGAACUAGACUCUUCUCAAAUCGCCUCAACCUCUUCCUCUUCUGCUCCAGUUGGGCCGAUACCCGAGUUUGACUUCGAGUCAUUAGGCAUAUAUAAUGCCCCAAGUUGGGGUGUUCAGUUUCCUGAUAGUUCAGGCCGUACUCAAGUUGUGCCGAUUCCUAGGGCUCCUUUGGUAGAAGGAUUGCCUCUGCCUCCCAACAUACAGGAGCCACACAAGGCUGCUUAUGAGUACUUGUUCGAGCUCGUUGCUGCCCUGAAACAUACGAUUGUAACAAGGGAGACUGAGAACAGAACACUUGUGUCAGCUUUGCGGAGUAGAACUAGGAAACGAAAGGGUAGAGGUAACACUUGAUGAGACGAUUGGGGGAAGGGGUGCUGGUUUCAUAGUGGGGUUUUGAUUUAGGGUGGUCGGAGGAGUAGGGGUUUGUUGAUUGGGGAAAUGGGUGGCGGUUUCAGGGUGGGUGGAAGAUUUGACGGUGGGUUAUUGUGGGUUUUGGGUUGGUGGUUCGCAAUGGAGGAGAGGAAGGGUAGUGGUGGGAGGAUGAUGAGGAAGAAGAGAGAAAAAGGAGGACCGAAAUUGAUGAAAGAACUUUUAGAGGAACCAAAAUUGAUGUGAAAAGUCCACGUAUACUCUCUUCAGAUGAUUAGACCUACCACAUAAGCAGGUGAUGAGGCAAAAAAUGGGCCAUGUAAACAUUAAUGACUUCACUUAUCCUUAUAUGAAUUUGAAACCAAUUUAGAUGCAACCCUAUAUUACAGGGAUCGUGACAUAUGUUUAACCCAAAAAUGUUCAAUGUCAGCUAGUAGCAUUUGAUUCUUGUGCAUACAAAAAUUGUUGAAUGA